CAGGCAAUAUUAAAGGAGAAUGAAUUAAGCAAACAGAUGGGAACUCAACUCAUUAAAGAACUAAAAGAAUUAAGUUCUCACCUCCCAGAAAAUGAAAAAUUUGUUGAAGAAAUUAUCGUCGAAGCACUUAGAGAAGAUAUUGAAAAAAAAAAGGAAUACCUAAAAAAAGCGAGGGAUGGUCUAGAAAAGAAUUCAUUAUCAAAUGUUAAAGAAAAAGUAGUUGGUUCUGUUUCUAAAUUUUUUGGUGGAGGAAAGCAAGAUAAAAAUUUGAUACAAGAAGAUCUCGAUAAAGUUUGCCAAGCACAAGCAGAUCUCACUGAAUCAAAAGUAAAAUUAGAAAGUGUUAAGAAAAUUUUAGAAAGAAUUGAAAAUUAUAAGGAGCAGUUGGAACAGCAGUUAGAGGCAAGGAUUGAAGAAGAUACAGAAUUCCAAGAGAUUUUUAAGGAAAGUUUGUACGGUGCUAGUGAAACAAAAGACAUUCAAAUGGAAGAGUUUGAGUGA